GCCAAAAUACAAAAACAACAAACAACUCAGGUUGUUAAGUAGUCCAGUCUUCUGUCUCAGCGCCCUGAGUGCUUUUAUUACAAGUGUAUGUCACCAGACAUAUCCUCAUCUCUUUUUCAAGAAGAACGACAUUUGGCUUAUCCACUUAGAGGUUCUGUAGUACAAACUUAAGAAUAAGUAUAGCAGCGUAGAACUUUUAAUUUUCUUAGAGCAUUUUUUAGUGCAAACAGUAAAUUUUUAACAGUCUAACUUUUUUUUAACGCUUUUUUUUAAAGAUUUAUUUAUCUUAUUAAUAGAUGGCUGUGAGCCACCAUGUGGUUGCUAGGAUUUGAACUCAGGACCUCUGGAAGAGCAGUCAGUGCUCUUAACCACUGAGCCAUCUCUCCAGCCCCAGUCUAACAUUUUUUAAUAUUAAUUUUGAGACUAGAUCUUGCUGAGUAGCCCAUGCUAGCCUCAAAUUCAAGAUCCUCUUGUCUUAGCCUCUCAUACUGGUAUAUGCCAGCAUGCUCAUUUUUUUUAUUAUUUUCAUUUUAAAAAUUAAUACAUUUUAACAGAAAUGUUUGUGGUAUCCAGUUAUAUAUAUAGGGAGCAGAGAGCAAGGACCAGUCAAACUAAAGUCCUGCUUACUAGUCACUAGCCUCUAAAUCACUAAACUUGCUUUACCCAGUAUGAAAAUAGGAGAGGAAAUAAUGUGAGUUAGUGUGAUUUUUUUUUUUUUUUUUGAAUUUGAGAUGCCAUCUCUUUAGCCCAAACUGGCUGGCAUGGAACUUUACUGUGUAGCCUAGGCUGAUCUCAUCUCUCAACAGUUCUCCUGCCUCAGUUUCUGGAUUGGUGUAGUGUAAGCACGAGCCACCACAGUAAGCUUACAAUUCAGUUUUACUGUGUUAAUAUAAAGCCCUUAGAACAGGUCCCGGUGGGAAUGUGUUUUUGUUACACUGGGCAGUACAGUAAAGUGAGCCUGUAGCUUACAUCCGUCACAGCAUUUGCAGUUCAUUCGGUGAGACAAGCACAAGCAGCAGCUACAGCAAAGGCAGCCAGAGCUCAGGAAAAGCUCCAUGGGAGUUAAGGUGGUCCAAUCAACAUGGCUUUAAUGAGAUAAUGAAAGUUUAAUUCCAGGCAAGGUUUUACUAUGUAGCCCAAGCUGACCAGGUACUCACUGUGUAGACUAGGAUGGCCUUGAACUCAGUGAUCCUGUGUCUUAGCAUUCCAGAUGAUGGGAUGACAACAUAUACCAGCAUUACCAUUCACAGCUGAGCUAAUGGAUCUUGAAUAUAGCUAACUUUGUAGAAAAAAUAAAAUGAGGGUAAGGGUCUUUUUUUGGGGACAAGAUCUGGCUAAGUAGUGUAUCUUGGCUAGCUGGAAACUAUUUUCCCUGUCUGCCUCCUUAGUGCUGGGGUUAAGAGCUUAUGUGCCCCGAGCUCACCACAGGCCUUGUUUCAAGGUUGAUGUGAUGUGUCUCCUAGAUAACCAGACACAAAGAAUUGAAAACAGGAAAGUUCUCAGAGGGGUCAAAAGUGGGUUAUUUUAGUGAUGGCAUGUCAUUGGUGUGUGGCAGCUUUCCUUGCUGUCUGUGUGCUGAUGGUAGUACCAUUUAUAAAAUUAUACAUGUUACUCUUUUUUUGUCUUUGAACUCAUGUCUAGUUUAGGUAAUGAGCUUCUUAAUGCAAUAUAUGUGGGUCUCUUCUAAGAUGAUUCUUGUAGUUCAUGGUGCCAUUGGUUUUCUUUUCUUCUCUUGUCUUUUCUUUUUGGGACAGGGUUUCACUAUGUAGCCCCCGACUGGUGUCAUUUGUUUUCUUAACAAAAACCUGUGUAUUUAGUGUAUGUUUUAAGACUCAUCCCUUGAUAUGGCAUUCCUUUAAAAAUUCUUUAAUUGCAUUUGAAAAUUUAUUUAUGUGUAUGUGUGGGCAUGAGUACCAUGACAUACAUGUGGAUGUCAGAGGACAAUUUGCAGGAAUUGGAUUUUGGCUUCUACAUUUGUGUGUCUUGGGAAUCGGAUCAUCAGGCUUGGAAGCAAGAAACUUAACCCACUGACCCAUUGAGCCAUCUUACUGGUCCUACUUUUCUUUUAACUGCCCCCCCACCAACCCUCUCUUGUGGGGCAGGGGCUCACUAUGGAGCUCUGGCAGGCCUGGAACUUGCUGUUUAGACCAGGCUGACCUGGAACUCACAGAGUUCUGUCAGCAAUGGGAAGGUUUUAAUGUAGAAUUAGCGUUAGAUACCACUAGAAAAACAAUCACAUUUUCUUACUAAAAAUGACUUGGGAGUUAGAUACUAAUGAGAUUCAGUUAUGGUUAAGGAACCUGGGAGAGCUCAAUCUUCCCUACCCCAUCACCCUGGUUCCAGAGGCAGAGGAAACUUGCCUCCUGGUUCCCAGACUUGGGUGUUCUAGGCAAGGAGAGGUGAAAUUGGGCCCUCUGAGCAGCUCCCAAGGACUUGUGCUGCCCCUGAGUCUCCAGGGAGAGGGAGAUGCUGUGCUUAAGUAACUUUGUCCUGUGCUUUGUGAAAGGUCAUAGUGCCCUGUCCUCAGCUGUGCCCACCACUUCCUUCUAGCUUGGAGCUGAAGGAGGAGUCAGUGAUGGGCUGAGAAGAGGGAAAGAGCUAUGACCUCCUUUUCUGCUGGAGCACACCAGGUGGCACGUUUAGUUUGUUGCCUGGAUUUUGGGAAUUGGGGCCACAACUGCAGGAAGGAAAUGACUUAGAGGCCUUAUGAAUACAUCUGUGCUUUCUUGCUUCAGACUUUACAACUGCAGGCCAACCCAGUCUGGAAGCACUUUUUAUUAAUGUUACAAGGAAACCGCUACCUCAGCAAACAAAAGAAAAGAGAAGACACACAGUAACAAAUGCCAUGUUUAAAGAACACUUGUUCCCAGAAACCUUGCAGGAGAUUUGGAAGUUUUUAGCACUGAGAAGAAGCUUUCCAGGUAAAUGGAUUUGACAGGCAGGCUCUGUCAGAAUUCUGCAGAGGUGUGUUCUUCCUUAAGGACUUCCCGUGAAGUAACCCCUUCCGCCUAAAUGCUGUUGACCAGCUGGGGUCCUUUUUGGUAUAUAAAAGAUACAUUAUAUUACAUUUUAAAAGUUAAGUUAUUUUUCUGCCAUUGUAAAUGUAAGUAUCAAAAUAUUCUUGCAAAGCAAUUAUAAAUAAACAUUUUCCUCAGCAAGCAUAUCUUCAUCGAGGGUAGGAUGCUGAACAGUUACAGAGCAUUUUGGACACUGUUAUUUUUUGUUAGAGUUCCUACCCACACUGAAAAUAUUAAUUAUAUAAAUCUGUUAUUUUUCUCACCUUUAUGUUGGAUCACAUGGUCACCUGCCUCAUGGAAAUAACUUUUUUAAAACUUAGAUUUGCAGAACUCCACUAUUUUUAUACCUAGCCACAGUUUUGGAAAAAAGGACUCAGAGCGCUGACCUGCCAGUGGUCCCUGGGACAGUUUCCCACCCGCAUGUAUUGCUGCAGUGCCCAGGACAGUAAGAUGGACUACAAGCGGCGCUUCCUGCUUGGCGGGUCCAAGCAGAAGGUGCAGCAGCACCAGCAGUACCCGAUGCCUGAGCUAGGCCGAGCACUGAGUGCGCCUUUGGCGUCCACGGCCCCCUCUGCUCCGCUGGGCAGUCUGACCACUGCAGGCAGCUGCCACCAUGCCAUGCCCCACUCUACUCCCAUUGCUGACAUCCAGCAGGGCAUCUCUAAGUACCUGGAUGCCCUCAAUGUCUUUUGCCGUGCUAGUACGUUCCUCACAGAUCUCUUCAGCACCGUGUUCAGGAACUCACACUACUCAAAGGCUGCUAUGCAGCUCAAAGACGUGCAGGAGCAUGUAAUGGAAGCAGCCAGCAGGUUGACCUCAGCCAUAAAGCCCGAGAUUGCCAAGAUGCUCAUGGAACUCAGUGCUGGGGCUGCAAACUUCACAGAUCAGAAGGAAUUCAGUCUCCAGGACAUUGAGGUGUUGGGGCGAUGUUUCUUGACAGUGGUGCAAGUCCAUUUCCAGUUUUUGACUCACGCCUUACAGAAAGUCCAGCCAGUGGCUCACUCUUGCUUUGCAGAGGUAGUUGUGCCAGAAAAAAAGAACAGCAGUAGUCUGUCUGGCAUGGGCCACACACCCGAACUGGAGGAAGCUGUGCGAUCCUGGCGAGGGGCUGCUGAGGCGACAUCUAGAUUAAGAGAGAGAGGCUGCGAUGGACGACUGGCGGGAAUAGAAGUCCAACAACUCUUUUGUUCUCAAAGUGCAGCAAUUCCUGAGCACCAGCUAAAAGAGCUAAACUUAAAAAUUGACAGUGCUUUGCAGGCAUAUAAAAUAGCUUUGGAAAGCUUAGGCCACUGUGAAUAUGCAAUGAAAGCUGGCUUCCACCUAAACCCAAAGGCCAUUGAAGCAAGUUUGCAGGGCUGCUGUAGUGAGGCGGAAGCUCAGCAGACGGGGCGAAGGCAGACACCCCCACAGCCUAUGCAGUGUGAGCUCCCCACGGUCCCUGUGCAAAUAGGAUCACAUUUCCUGAAGGGGGUCUCCUUUAAUGAGUCGGCUGCUGACAAUCUGAAGCUUAAGACGCAUACCAUGUUCCAGCUCAUCAAGGAAGCGGGCUGCUACGAUGGAAUCACACCUAGGGACGACCUUCCUGUGACUGAAGUCCUGAAUCAGGUGUGCCCGUCCACGUGGCGGGGCGCCUGUAAGACUGCCGUGCAGCUGCUGUUUGGCCAGGCUGGGCUGGUAGUUGUUGACACAGCACAGAUUGAAAAUAAAGAAGCCUAUGCACCCCAGAUCAGUCUUGAAGGCUCCAGAAUUGUGGUUCAAGUCCCAUCCACAUGGUGCCUGAAGGAAGACCCUGCCACCAUGUCCCUGUUGCAGAGAAGCCUGGAUCCUGAGAAGACCCUCGGUCUGGUGGAUGUACUCUAUACAGCCGUGCUGGACCUAAACCGCUGGAGAACAGGGAGGGAACAGGCUUUACCCUGUAUACAGAUCCAGCUGCAAAGGGAUAUCUGUGAUUUUGGGAAUCAGGCUGACCUGCCAUCUGGAAAUGGAAGCAAAUCCUCAGGCCUGCAGAAGACUUUCUCCAAACUGACAUCCCGGUUCACAAAGAAAGUGUCAUGCACCAACUCCGGCAGCACACACUAUUCCAAAACCAUCUUCACAGCUGGUUGUUCAGAGGAGAAGGCCAAAAUGCUCGGCAGUAACAUUGAUACACGGUUACAGAGCAUUUUGAACAUUGGUAACUUUCCUAGGACUACAGACCCUUCACAGUCAUCUCAGAACUCCAGGAAUCCAAUGGUCAAUGGCUUUCUCCUGGAGAGACGUGAGAACUUCCUGCAUGGGGACGAUGGCAAGGAUGAGAAGGGCAUGAACUUACCCACUGAUCAGGAAAUGCAGGAAGUGAUAGAUUUUCUCUCAGGCUUUAACAUGGGCCAGUCCCAUCAGGGGUCCCCACUGGUGACAAGGCGCAACUCUACUGCCACUGCCAUGGUGACUGAGCAGAAGACAGGAACCAUGCAACCACAGCAGCCAUCACUGCCGUUGGCCCCUCCACUACGGCCACCCCAGGCUGGAGCACACACGCCUCUGGCAGCCCAGCAAGGUCUGGCUCCUCAGCAGCAGUCCCCAAAGCAGCAGCAGCCCCAAGUCCAGUUCUACCAGCACCUGCUGCAACCCAUUGGAUCACAGCAGACGCCACCCCAGUCCCGGGCGCCUGGUAAAUGGGGACAUGGCUCAUCUCAGCACCCAUCACAGCCCAUGGCAGCGGGUCUGUCUCCUCUUGGUCAGUGGCCUGGCAUAUCUGAUCUCAGCUCUGACUUGUACAGCUUGGGUCUAGUGAGCAGCUAUAUGGACAAUAUGAUGUCAGAAGUUUUGGGACAGAAGCCACAGGGACCUAGGAAUAACACCUGGCCAAAUCGUGACCAAAGUGAUGGAGUCUUUGGAAUGCUGGGAGAGAUUUUGCCUUUUGAUCCUGCAGUGGGCUCAGACCCAGAGUUCGCACGCUACGUGGCAGGAGUGAGCCAGGCAAUGCAGCAGAAGCGGCAAGCCCAACAUGGCCGCCGGCCAGGCAACCCCCGGGGCAACUGGCCGCCCAUGGAUGAUGCUCAUCGGACCUGGCCUUUGCCAGAGUUCUUUACAGAAGGGGACAGCCUGCACAGUGGCUGGUCAGGUGCUCAGGGAGACUCGGCCAGCUCCAGUGAUGAGACCUCUUCAGCCAAUGGGGACAGCCUGUUUUCCAUGUUUUCAGGGCCUGACCUUGUUGCUGCUGUCAAACAGAGAAGGAAACACAGCAGUGGAGAGCAGGAGACCAGCACACUGCCCUCACCACCUCUCCUGACCACAGUGGAGGAUGUGAACCAGGAUAACAAAACCAAAACGUGGCCACCCAAAGCACCAUGGCAGCACCCUUCCCCGCUGCCCAGCACGCUGCCCAGCCCAGCUGCACCACUCUAUGCAGUUGCCAGUCCUGGCAGCCAGUGGAAUGACACCAUGCAGAUGCUGCAGUCCCCUGUGUGGGCUGCAGCCAGUGACUGCAAUACCACCUCCUUCACCUAUGUUCAGACACCACCACAGCCCCCACCUCCACCAGCACAUAAGGCAGCACCCAAGGGCUUCAAGGCCUUCCCUGGGAAGGCUGAACGGAGGCCAGCCUAUUUGCCCCAGUACUGACCACAGCUAGCCUGCUGCCCAUCAAAGCUUUGGGGCAACUGUCCCCAGGGCUAACUAGCUGAUACUAGCCCCCAGAAGGACCAGUGCACCCUGCCCCAGGGACAGAAAUAAUCCUUGGGUCAGAAGUGAUUGGCAGCUCCAAGUCUUUGAGGCCUGCUUUCUCAAACUUUGAAGGUAGCAGACCCCUGGGAGGCAGCUGAAGAUGGAGAUUUCUGACACUCAGGGGAUGCUGGCAGUCUAUAUUUGUUUAAUAAGCACCUCAGAUAAUCCUGGUGCGGGUGGCCAAAGGCCACACUUGGGAAAACACAGUCUGAAGGUUGUCAGUCCUGCAUGUGGGAAAGGCAUGAGGCCUGCAGGCUGAGAACAAAACUGACCAUUCUUUGAAGCUCUCUCCUCUUUAACAUACUGAGUGGGACCCACACCCAUCACUGAUUUUAUAGAUAUUUCUCAUGUAGGCUUUCACUUAAAAACGUCUCCUGCCUAAAAUGCAGUGGUAUCUUAAGAUCCCAGGUACACUGGCUGGAGGUUACUUAGCUCAGCACUGUCUUUGGUUAAGCUUAGACAAGAUGCUAGUGAUCAGAAGCAGCCCUCUGGCUUCCCAUGGCCGGUAGCUCCUCUGAAGUGCACAGGGGUGCAGGUUCAUGUAAUUCACAGAGCAGGACUGGGAACUGCUGUCAGCAUAUUCUGGCUGCCCGCCCGCCCAGGGGGUGCAGCUGGUGCAUGCCGAGUGCAGCGUGAAGCUGCAGCCGCUGCCCUCAUUUCUUUUUUUUCACCAUGACCAGGGCAGCACUAGCACCAUGCUCCUCGACGGAAGGGACUGGGAGGGGAGGGACUGCACCAAGACCCCCACACUCAGAACCACAGUGACAUUUGUGAGCUGGCUCAAAGACAAAGGAAUUAUGGUGUAGACAGGAAUUCAAAAUCUUUGUUUAGUCACCAACAAAAAAAACCUCACUUUUAGUUAACAUGUGCCAUUAAACAAAUGACACUCCGUGGGUUUGGGGAGAUUUUCCAGCUAGGAUGGAUCCAGAAUAAUUGAAUGGUGCUUAAAUUGAGAAAUAAUAAAUAUAUCUAUAUAGAGUAGACAUUUCCCACUAUAUAUUAAUUGAGGUUGCAUAAAGUUCUUUAUAUAAAACUUAUUUAAAAUUUUCAUAUUUCAUCUUUGAAAAUGUCUAAUUGAGAAAAAUUCAUGAUAUUUUCUGGUAUGAAAGUUUGACAGUAUUAAUUUUUUUAUAUUUUCUUAAAUCAUUAAACCAUUUUAAUAUAUGUUAACUACUAAUAAAUGGUUUAUUCUUUCUAACUCCAUGUAAGCUUUUCCAACGAAGAUUGUAAUAACACAUUUAUGUUCUCAUUUUUCUACAGAUAAAUUUAUAUUUAAAAAUACCAAAAAAACCCCUAUGUAUACACACCACACAUGCACACACACAUUCACACACAAGAAAAUUAUUGAGGACCUGUAGGGUGUCUGAGCCCAGCCACCUGCGUCUUUAGUACUGUGUCUCUAGGCUGCCUGAGGCCUCAGCUGUUGUCAUUCAUGCUGUGGGUGCCAUGUCUGCCUGUACUGACGAUCCUUCUCAGUGGCUUCGGAAUAUUCACCUCACCAUGUUUACAGAGAACUAUUUUGUAUAUAGAGUUUUCCAGGCACGUACUUUGCACCAACCCUGCGUGGCUGCUGUCUGUGUUAGCUGUCACAGUGUGCACACUAAUCUGUUCAAAGUUCUUGUGGCUGUUUUACUUGUAAAAACUUUCUAUUUCCUUCAGUAAUGUGUCCACAGUGCCCUGUGUUUCGAGUUCUAGUCUACUGCAGUACUCUCAUUGUCAUAGUGCCUCCCUGAAGACCUCACCCUGGGCCAAGGUCGCUCCUCGGUGCCCCAGCACAGGUGACACUGCUAAUUGUCAUCUCUGGUCUGUUUUUCUCUAUUAAGGACAACGUUUUGUCUCUGUGGCUGUGAGACUGUGUGAAUCGGUUUGUGUGGUCUCCACGUAGGUGCUGUCCGCACACCACCUGCUCUAAACACUGGUAAUUCCAGGUGCUGCGCUUGGCAGAGGCAUCUCUCCAAAGCGCAUGUAUGUGUGAGUGUCCUUAGCACGGCCAAGCAUGGCUGCCUUGCUCGGCAUCAGCAGGACAUCAUGUGACUAGUUGUGACCUUCCAAACUGGAACUCUACAUUUUGUAUCUUACUUUUAAAGCUCCUAUAAGUAAAAUAACUUGGCUUUAUUAAAAUAUACAUUUAAUAAUA